CUGACGAUCCUGUGGCCAGCCAAUCAGCGAGGUCUCCCAGCACGUUAUCCACAUCUAGGCUGCUGCGAGGAAUGAGCGGUCGGCCGGAGCGGGGGAGUCUGCUUCUGUCUGUCUCCACUCUACCCGGGGCAGCGGCCGUAGCUCCAGCAGGUUGUGGACUUCAAAAUGAAGAUCUUGAAAAUGUGUGUUCAGUCAGUAAGAAAAGUCAGUGUGUGGGCAGUCCAUGUCUUUGCCAUCACUUACCUACUGCCUGUAAAUGCUGACAUCAUAGCGCACUCAGCUGACAAUGUGUCGAAGUCUUUUGAUGACCUUCCUGCACGUUUUGGCUACAGACUUCCAAGUGAUGGCUUAAAGGGGCUUUUGGUGACAUCCAAGCCAGAAAAUGCUUGUGAACCCAUCUCUCCCCCACCUAUGCAGAAGGACAACACUUCCAGCGUUUAUAUAGUACUCAUCCGCAGGCUGGACUGCAACUUUGAUGUUAAGGUGCUGAAUGCACAGAAAGCAGGAUACAAAGCUGCCGUUGUUUACAACGUGGACUCUGAUGAUCUUAUCAGCAUGGGAUCCAAUGAUGUUGACAUUCUCAAGAAAAUUGACAUUCCAUCAGUCUUUAUUGGAGAGGAGACUGCAAAGAUUAUGCGAGAACAAUUUACUUGGGACAAAGGUGCAUACAUUGAGCUAAAGCCUGAUGGAAACCUGCCUUUGGAAUACUAUUUAAUACCUUUUCUAAUCAUUGUUGGGAUUUGUCUGGUGCUAAUAGUAAUUUUUAUGAUCACCAAAUUUGUGCAAGAUCGACACCGAGCGAGAAGGAACAGACUGCGCAAAGACCAGCUGAAAAAAUUGCCCAUUCAUAAAUUCAAGAAAGGUGAUGAAUAUGACGUGUGUGCAGUUUGCCUGGAUGAGUAUGAGGAAGGCGAUAAGCUGCGCGUUUUGCCUUGUUCACAUGCCUAUCACUGCAAAUGUGUCGACCCAUGGUUAACAAAAAACAAGAAAACCUGUCCUGUCUGCAAGCAGAAGGUCGUUCCAUCCCAAGGAGAUUCCGAGUCUGAUUCGGACAGCAGCCAAGAAGAUAAUGAGGUUUCCGAAAACACUCCACUACUGCGACCUGUGCCGUCUGCCAGCACCCAGUCAUUUGGGGCGAUAUCUGAAUCGCGCUCCCAGCAGAGCAUAGUAGAGUCAUCUGAUGAAGAUGAUGACGACGAUGACGCUGAUGAUAGUGACAGCAGUGAUGAGGAGCACAACACUGGGACUGUGGUGGUGCAGCUGCAGCACAACCUGGAGCGAGAGUCCCGAGAGAGGAACACUGUGUGAUUAGCAUUUGACAUCACUUGGGAAAAGUGCACGGCACCUCUGAUGCUAUGUCAAAUUCUUAUUUUCUCCAAACAAAAAAUGGUCUUUAGCAAUGAACUAUUUGGUGCCUAUUGUUAGAUCCGGAGGCUGCAGGUAAAUUUAAAGAGUAAUGUACAGAAUAUCUGAAUGAGAAAAGCUGCUAGGUAAUCAAUGCUUUAGUACUAGUACUGGGCACUAGUAACAAGACAUGAACACGACCAAACCGUAUCUGCAUGUGUUUUCCUUCUCUGCACUGGAACAGCUCCUGGGCUCCUAAGCACAGAUUAGAGAUGCGGCUUUUCAAUGUAUACGCUUUGCUAUGCACAAUGGACAUACGUUUAAAGACUGCUGCCUGCUAGGUAUGCAGGGGGCGCUAUGGAUAAUGUCCUAUCAAGGAAGGGACAAGUGUGGCUCUGUGAGGCAUGAUGCACAAAGCCAAGACACCAAUUUCUAGGCUAAUUGCGGGUUUACAAUGUAGAUUGUUACCAAUACAAUAAAUAGGUCAGACUUGCUAUUUUUAAUUAUUUAUUACUCAGCCUUGUUAUUUGCUGCUACGGCAAAACAUAUAAGUUAGUGCUUAUAAAAACAAUAAGUAUUUUGUUCAAUCUGUUAAAUAAAAAUAAAUAAAUAAAUCUCUCUCCAGAAGAGUAUAUUUUAUGUUUUUCAACUUUGUAUCGUUUCUCUGGAUUUAUGCACUUUGAGCAGAAGCUUCUAUUCAUGUACUAGAAGGAUUGUAUCAAUGUAGAAAGUCAAUACACUUGUGUAAAGUUAAACGUUUUUAUAUCACAUGAGGUUAAGUCUCAAAAUAAAAGCUUGAUUUCCCACCUGA